AUGGAUUUCCAACAGCAGCCAUACGGAGCUCUGGAUGAUGCUGUGUGUGGCGAGGAGGGCAGGAAAGGAGUUAUUGACAGAGUGAAUCUUUAUAUCGGCUCGCUGAAUUGGGAAGAGGUUCCCGAUCUAACGAACAUGUCUGAGAACGAUUCCGAGGAGGCCUUGGGAAGUGUUGUGAAGUUUCGAUGCAUGGUUCAAAGCGUGUUGAGCCCGGAGCCGUACGUUCCUGUGUGGAAGGAU